AUGCUCUUUAAAACAUUAAUAUUUUUUUGUUUCGCUGGAGCAAGCUUAGCGUACAGAAGCUAUGAAAACUACAAAGUAUACAAUGUAGUGCCUACGUCAGAAAUUCACAUACAAAUGCUCGGUGAUCUUAAGAAAGCCGGAUAUGAUUUUUGGACCGAUAUCCUCACGAUCGGUGGAAACGCAAGAGUGAUGGUAGCCCCUGAACAGGAGCAAGAGUUUGUGAACUACGCACAUAGUGUUGGUUUGAAACCUAAUGUGACAAUAUCGAAUGUUCAAGCGCUAAUCAACUCCCAACUACAACCUGCGACAAAUGCACGCUCCAGCACUCUGGGUUCCUUCAGCUGGGACAGAUACUAUAGUCUAGCUCAAAUUCACGCAUGGUUAGAUGAGCUCGUCACUCUGUAUCCUGGAGUAGUCACUACUAUGGUAAUUGGCACGUCAUUUGAAGGCCGCGAACUUAAAGGCAUCGUAAUUGAUUUCAAGAAAGGAGAAAGAGGCAACAAUCCUCUGAUUGGGAUGAUUGAGGGAGGUAUUCACUCCCGUGAAUGGAUAUCUCCGGCGACUGUCACUUGGAUCAUCAAAGAGUUCUUGACGAGCGAUGAUCCUGAUGUGAGAUUCUUGGCCGAGACCUUUAUCUGGCACAUUGUUCCGGUCACAAAUCCUGAUGGAUACACGUACACAUUCUCGGAGGAUCGUAUGUGGAGAAAGAACAGGAAUCCUGUGAAUUAUGUUCCGUGCUCUACUGGAAAUUUAGAUUUGGGCAACGGUAUCGACUUGAACAGGAAUUUCAAUUUUCUUUGGAUGACGACUGGCGCAUCUUCGAAUCCUUGUACACAAACUUACGCUGGACCUUCCCCGUCGUCCGAACUAGAAGCUCAGGCUAUCUCCAACUACGUUCUCCGCUUAAAAGAAACUGGCAACUUCCUCUACUAUUUCGCAUUCCACUCCUAUUCCCAGAUGAUACUGGUUCCUUACAGCCAUGUGUCAGGCCAGAAUGUGUUGGAAGCUAGUAAUUACGCGGACAUGUACGAAAUUGCUAUCCGUGGCGCUGAAAAGCUGACGGCCAGACACGGAACUCAGUACCAGGUUGGAACCUCAGCGGACAUUCUCUACGAAGUCAGUGGUUCCAGUUUCGAUUGGGUCAAAGGAGUCGCCGAUAUUCCUAUAGUUUACCUAUUCGAGCUUAGAGACGUCGGUGAGUUUGGAUUCCUUCUCUCCAGCGAGCAGAUUAUUCCUAACAACGAAGAAAUCUUGGACUGUUUGGUUGAAAUGGAUAAAACAACUAGACAGUUGAGUUAUUACUCUGGUACCGUCCCAAUGUACGCUUCGUUUAUAUGUUUAGCGACUAGUAUUCUGUUUCUGAUAUUAAUGAAAUAAUUUUCAUGAAAUAAAAACUCUAUUCGGUAUUUUGG